AGGACCCUGGGAUCCCCAGGCGCAGGUCCCCAUGAGCAAACGGAAGGCGCCGCAGGAGACGCUCAAUGGGGGGAUCACCGACAUGCUCACGGAACUCGCAAACUUUGAGAAGAACGUGAGCCAGGCCAUCCACAAGUACAACGCCUACAGAAAAGCAGCAUCUGUGAUAGCAAAGUACCCACACAAAAUAAAAAGUGGCGCAGAAGCAAAGAAAUUGCCUGGUGUAGGAGCAAAAAUUGCUGAAAAGAUUGACGAGUAUUUAGCAACUGGAAAAUUACGUAAACUAGAAAAGAUUAGGCAGGAUGAUACAAGUUCAUCCAUCAAUUUCCUGACUCGAGUUACUGGCAUUGGCCCAUCUGCUGCAAGAAAGUUUGUAGAUGAAGGAAUUAAAACAUUAGAAGAUCUCAGAAAACAUGAAGAUAAAUUGAACCAUCACCAGCGAAUUGGGCUGAAAUAUUUUGAAGACUUUGAGAAAAGAAUCCCUUGUGAAGAGAUGUUACAGAUGCAGGAUAUUGUGCUGAAUGAAGUUCAAAAGGUGGAUUCUGAAUAUAUCGCUACAGUCUGUGGCAGUUUUAGAAGAGGCGCAGAGUCCAGCGGCGACAUGGAUGUUCUCCUGACCCAUCCAAGCUUUACCUCUGAGUCAGCCAAGCAGCCCAAACUGUUGCAUCGAGUUGUGGAGCAACUACAAAAGGCCCAUUUUAUCACAGACACUCUGUCCAAGGGUGAGACGAAGUUCAUGGGUGUCUGCCAGCUUCCCAGUAAAAAUGAUGAACAAGAAUACCCACACAGGAGGAUCGAUAUCAGGUUGAUACCCAAGGAUCAGUAUUACUGUAGUGUGCUCUAUUUCACUGGCAGGGAUAUUUUUAAUAAGAACAUGAGAACGCAUGCCCUAGAAAAGGGCUUCACAAUCAACAAAUACACAAUCCGCCCUCUGGGAGUCACUGGCGUUGCUGGAGAACCCCUGCCAGUGGAUAGUGAGAAAGACAUCUUUGACUACAUCCAGUGGAAGUACCGGGAGCCCAAGGACCGGAGCGAGUGAGGCCUCUCCUCCCUCCUCAGUGCAGCUCGCAGCGUCUUAAUUUAUUCCUCCCCUUUGCUACAUGAGGGUCUCUGGUGGUCUUAGGGACUGGUUCGUCCUCGGCUUCGGCCUGCGUUGCAGUCAGUGAAGGCUCAUGGACCACUGUCAGACGAAGCUGUUCUUGUUUUCCCAGCAGUGUCUGCACUUGGAACCCAGUGGAUUCAGGGUCACCUGCAUGAAGGUCUAGUCGAAUGAAAUAAAGAAGAGCUGAACUGGAAA